CUCCAUUGGGAAAAUCUCGAAUUUAAGUCUAUGGUAUAAAUCAGUUGGCUUGUUUGUUUAAAAUGCUUAAGGACAGUUUGAUAGAUUCUUUGGUAAAUGCUUUGCCAACAAACGUGCACACAGAUCUCCAAAUCCCACCCGACCAUCGCGGGCAGAGUGACACGGUUAAAGGAGACUACAAGUACUUCCACUAUGGCUGCGACGGGCAGGAUGAUCGGGGCUGGGGAUGUGGCUACCGCACGGUACAAACCCUGGCAUCGUGGCUCUUCUACAACUGUGAUCUGACUAAGGGCCAAGGCAUGGUAGCGCCCAGCCUCCCCGAUAUACAGCGGGCUCUGGUCUGCAUGGGGGACAAGCCUGCACACUUCUUCGGCUCCAGGGAGUGGAUAGGAACGUUUGAGGCUUCACUCGUGCUUGAUUACUUCUAUAACGUGCCCUGUAAGAUCGUGCACGUACAGGGAGGAGGCACGGACUUGGUGCAGGUUGUGGGGCAGCUUCGGGAGCACUUUGAACGCCACGGCAGCCCGGUGAUGAUGGGAGGUGGCACGGAUAACUCUUCCAAAUGCGUGCUUGGAGUGUGCUCCGGAGGGCAUGGUGCCUACCUGUUAAUAGCGGACCCUCACUACUAUGGAGCGGAGCUGGAGAGGACAGAGCUGCAGCGGCAGGGCUGGGUGGACUGGACAGAGCUCUCUUCCCUGGACCGCAGCUCAUUCUAUAACCUGUGCAUGCCCCAGGCUGGCAGUAUGCUCAAGACAUUAAAAUAGACGAAUAUACUAUUUCUGUCGCCAUUCCUCCUAUGCAAAAUCUCUGUUCUCAGAUGGGGACAAGUAUUGGGUUUCUCAGGUUUCCUAAUUGACAGCACAAGUGCAGAUUAACAAUAGGCAUUUGACGUAAAUAAUGCACUUUGUUUUAUAUUUAAAUUUUGUAAUUAAGUAGCUUGUAGUAGUAACCUACUCAGGUGGUAGAGUAGCCAAAUCAUUUGACCCAAGUAAAAGUAAUUGUUACUUCAAAAUAAUAUUACUCAAGUAACAGUACAAAAUAAUAGUCCAAGAAAUUCAAGAGUAAAAAAAAAAAAGUAUAUGGAGGAAAAUAGUACUGCUUGCAAACAGUAUAAGUAACUGUUUCGACGUAACAUCAGAUUUAUGUUUUGAAGUUAAUGUAAUCUGAAGAUCAAAAUGGUUAAUAAUGUAUAAAAUCUGGUGUCUUUGAGAGAAACUCAAUAAUAUUUGAAGGAGCAGUGCAAGAAGCAUAAGUGUUCAAAUCAUUUAAUAUUGUUAACAUUAAACUUAAAUGAUAGAAAGUAACCACAACAUUUACGUAAGCAAGAGUACUGUACUGUUACUUCAAACUAAAUAUUACUCAAGUAGGACAAAACUAUGCAGUCUGAAAACUACUUGAGUAAACACACGUUGUUUUAAAAAGUUACUCAAAUAAAUGUAAAGUGGGUGAGCAUUACCUAUUUCUGCCUAUACUCCAGUGUUCAAAAACUAAAACAGCGCAAUAUCGCCACCUUGUGUCCAAAUCUGUCAUCAAUAUUUAUCCAAACUUCAGAGGAAAUGCAAGAGACUCUUUUGUAAUAUGUGUCUGUUAGGCCAUCUUUAUGCAAGCAUUAAGAUACUAUUAAUCCAAAUAACAACAACCCUUUAGGUCAGUUUAGAGUCCUGCUGAUGAUCUAACCAAAGACUAUAUUUAAAUAUUAGACAUGUUUUACUGUAAUAUCUAUUUUAUUACAUAUUUUAUCUGUUCAGGAAAGUGCAAUUCUGACCUUAAAGUUGACCUAUAAUGCAAAUAUAAGUAUUAUAGUUUCCCCUCACCACUGACCUGAAGUUGUAUUUGGAGUAAUUCGUACAUGUAUGAGCAAUCUUCAGUCGCUUAUUUUCAAGACGCCAUUUUGCCAAUUAACCCCUGCUUUCUCUGCCAUCGGUACACGCCCACUUGGUUUGUUCUCCAAAUGUAUUUUCUUGACAUGUAGGAUUCGGCAGCAGCGUGUGUAAUGUGCAAAUUAUAACAUAAUGAUCCACGAGUGUCAUAGAUUAUAAGUAUAUAUCAGACACAAGCACAAUAUGUAUUCUUUAAAUUAAAAGAAGUCAACACAAUAAAAUAAUUUCAGGUGUGCCAG